AUGUCAGGUGUCGGGGAAAUUUUGAAAGCAGUUGGUGAUUUUGGGCGAUUCCAGAAAUGCCUGGUGCUGCUGUCCGUGAUCCCUUGCCUCAGUGUGGCUUUCCACCAGUUUUGCCAGCUUUUCAUGGUGGUGGAAGUGCCUCACCACUGUGACACCAGCUGGAUCCUUGCCGUGGGCCCCAACCUGACAGAGGAAGAGCAGCUGAACCUCACCCUGCCCCGGGGCCCCGACGGGCACUUUGAGCAGUGCUCCAUGUUCUCCCCGGUGGACUGGGACCUGGAUUCCAUCCUGGCCUAUGGGCUGAACCACACUGAGAAGUGCAGCAGUGGCUGGGUGUACCCCUCCGAGCAGCCACCGUCCCUGCUGACCGAGUUUGACCUGGUGUGUGACAGGAAGGACCUCAAUGACAUUGCCCAGGCCAUCUACAUGGCAGGGCUGCUCCUGGGAUCCAUGAUCUUUGGGCCUCUGAGUGACAGGAUCGGCCGCCGCCCGGUCGUUCUGAUCUCCGUCUUCCUGCAGGGCUUGUUUGGCCUGGGAAUUGCCUUUGUGCCCCAUUUCUAUGUGUACAUGGCCUUCAGGUGUGUGGUGGGGGCCUCCGUGUCAGGGAUCACCAUGACAUUACUGGCCUUAGCUACAGAAUGGAUUGGUGUCUCCUCCCGGCCAAAUGCAGUGCUCACCUCUCACUGCUGCUUUGCCAUCGGGCAGAUGAUUUUGGCUGGUUUGAGUUACGGGAUUCGCAACUGGAGGCUGCUGGAGAUUGCAGGAUCUGCUCUUAUAUUUGCUUUUUUCUUCUGCAUGGGGGUGCUCCCAGAGUCAGCUCGCUGGCUGGUGACCAAGGGCAGAAUCGAGGAAGCCAAGAAGGUGCUGCAGAAGGCGGCGGCCACCAACAAGCGCAGCCUCCCACCAGAGCUCCUGGAGCAGCUGAAGCCUGAGAAAGAGGUCAAGUCUGGAAGUUUCCUGGAUCUCUUUCGGAAGAAGCACCUGCUGAAGGUGACUUUAAUCAUGUCAUGUGCCUGGUUUGUGAACAGCUUUGUCUACUACGGGCUGAGUCUGAACGUGACAAAUUUUGGCCUGGACAUCUACCUGACUCAGCUGGCCUUUGGAGCAGUGGAAAUCCCAGCCCGUUUUGCUUGUAUCUUCACCCUGCAGAGGUUCGGGAGGAGGAAGACGCAGGCUGUUCUCCUGGUGCUGAGUGGCCUGGUGUGUCUGAUCAUCACUGGCAUCCCUGAAGACCAGCCCGUGGCAACCACCGUCCUGGCCACCAUUGGCAAGUUUGCUGCCUCAGCCUCCUUCUCCACCUCCUACGUCUACGCUGCCGAGCUCUUCCCCACGGUCGUCAGGCAGACGGGCGUGGGGCUGUGCUCCGUGUCAGCGCGGGUGGCCGGGAUCCUGGCCCCGCUGGUCCGGCUGCUGGGCCAGCACCACCGUGCCAUCCCCAUGGCCAUCUUUGGCAGUGCCCCCGUGCUGGGGGGGCUGCUCUGCAUCCUGCUGCCCGAGACCUGUGGCACAGACCUGGCAGAUGACACAGGGGACGGCCACCCUCCAGCGCAGGUCUGCGAAAAUGCCACCAGCAGCUCUCAGAAUGGGCAGGUGAAAGGAAAAGUUGCUGACCAGGACAAUGAGAGCACGAAGACCACCUACUUCUAG